AUGUCCAGAGCCGACUAUGUUGCCAAAUACCAGAGGCGCAAAGCGUUACGAGAUAAAGUGGAGAAAGCAUGGCUUGAUGAACCUCAACGUCCCGGUGGACAGCUGGACUCUUCCAUGAAGAAACAUACCACUUUGCUGAACCGACUGAAAACUUCCCUUCUCAUCGGACCGGCAGAGACGUUGAUUCACGAAAUCGAUGGCUUGACACUUUCAAAAUAUCUCGAGGAGAUCGUAGCGGCAGUGGUAGAAGGUGCUGGUAGGGGCAAAGGGGAUGUUGAUGUUGCCGUUGAUAUCGUAGUUCACUUACAUACUCGCUUAACACCGGAAUUUUUACCACAAUUAUUACACCCAGCCGCCCUUUUGGGCAUCUUGACACCUACCACAUCGGUCGCGGGAAAGGAUGCCGAUAAAGAUAAAGAAGACAAGGACCGUCUGGCAAGACAGAGAUUGGUAUUGCGUAUCGUCGCUGAAUUAGCCAUGGUAGGCGGUUGGGUGGACGGUGUGAGCAAGGGGGCCUCUGAAGUUACGAAGAUCUUGAAAGCUUUCAUGACGGGAGAUCCUCAGUUUUCCAACAUGCCUUUGUUAUCGUACUUCCUGAAACAUCUGGCAGGAGCGUAUCUUGGCCCAGACCCCAGCACUGAGAAGACAGGACUGAUAGAUGAUGACUUGCCUGGAAACGUGGAAGACCUGGUGCCCGCCGAAUCCCAGAAGAAUAUCCGGGAUUUGUUUCAGACAUACUUCAACAACGCUUCAAAAACACUCGUCAAGGGACAGCUAAAACUGCUUGAACAGGACAAAAGAAAUCAUGAAGCCUAUAUUAGGUCUGGAGAGAUAUUCGAAGACCGUCAACAUGCUUACGAGCGCAUGGCCAAAGCUGUUGAACGGCUGACUACCGGAGUUCAAGCCAUGGCAGACCUAUUGGGACUCGCACCACCCACUCUGCCGACUACCGCUUCUCUCAAUAAGGGUGGACUACAGAUCGUCGAGGGACAAUCCAGCUUUGUCGUGCGAGACGACGGGGAAGGAGGUGGUAUUUGGGACGACGACGAAGAACAGAGGUUCUACGAGGAUCUGCUCGAUCUUAAACAGACAGUCCCAUCAGCUUUGCUCGGGAUCAAGGAAAGAAUGAAAGGUACAAAAGCGGAUGCUUUAAAGGGGCAAGACACGGUGAUGGUGGAGAAAGAAGAUGAUGCUGUCCGAGCUGAGGCUCAGAAGAAAAGAGAGGAAGAAGAGAUACAGCGACUGCUGGAGCAGGUGGAGCAGAGUGAAAGUACGAUGGACAAUGAAGAGCCACAAGGGAAGGACUCCUCUGAGAUCAAUGGCCUGCCCAGCGCUCAAUCACAGCUUGCCAUUGAUCCCCUUGAUGAUCCACUUGAAGAGACGUAUGAAUCGGCCGAGCCGCUAACGGCAUCAUCGCUGAAAGAAAGCAAAGAUAUGGAUGACGGGUUACAGCCAGGACCACAUGCCAGACUCAACGCCAUUUUUGCUGCCUUACCUCAAGCUAGUAACAGGGAGAUGGUGGAUAAAUUAGCUGUCGACUUUGCUUUCCUCAAUUCUAAAGCUGCCAGGAAACGUCUCGUCGCGUUUAUCGGAGCAGUGCCGAAAACUCGAACCGAUCUGUUACCCCAUUACUCACGUUUGAUCGCCACACUCAAUCCUUACAUGCCAGAUAUCGGUACAGGUGUUCUGGAGAUUCUGGAGGAAGAAACGAGAUACCUUCAACGUAAACGUCUUAUACGCGAACUCGACAGUGUGCGAUUGAAGAAUGUUCGUUUUUGGGGAGAAUUAGCAAAGUUCAAAGUCGCCAAACCGUAUGCUAUCCUGCAUGUUCUCAAAGUAUUUUUGGAUGAUUUCCGAGCGAAUAUCGAGAAUAUCUCAAAUCUGCUCGAAACGUGUGGAAGGUUUUUACUACGUUAUGAAGGGACCGCUGCAACAGCUAAAAGCAUGGUCGGUCCAUUUUAUCAUCGAAUUUCGACCUGCUGUAAGGUUACUGAUGUUUCUCAGGUAGAAUUGAUGAGACGUAAACAGGCAAAUUCACACUUGGAUCAAAGACAUCUGAUCAUGCUUGAGAACGCUUUCUACAUGUGCAACCCACCUGAACGUGUCGUUCGACAAAUCAUCGAACUCACCCCUAUGCAAAGCUUCAUUCAAUAUCUCUUACAUGAUGUUUUGAUGAAACGAACCGUGGACAAGGUAGUGAAACUUUUCCGCAAGUUACAUUGGGAAGAACAAGAGACUUACGAUUACAUCCUCAUGACUUUCACUCAUAUUUGGGAGAUCAAAUAUGAGAACAUCGAAUAUGCAGCUAGUGUGGUUUGUGAUCUACAAAAAUACCAUCCCGAGUUUUCUAUAGCUGUCGUGGAUCAAGUGUUGGAGGAUAUACGUGUUGGUAUGGAGGAAAAUAUCUUUAAAUAUAAUCAACGUAGAAUCGCUUCUGUCAAAUAUUUGGGAGAAUUGUAUAUGUACAGAGUUAUUGGUGCUCAGAUUAUUCUGGACACUUUAUGGACUUUGAUCUCUUUUGGACAUCAAGAAGCAUUCCCCGUCCCAGGCAGAGACUCACCAAUCGACUCUGUAACAGAUUUCUUCCGUGUCAGACUCGUCUGCACUUUAUUGGAUUCAUGUGGUAUUUGCUUUAGCAAAGGAUCACUCAAACGAAAGAUGGAUAAUUUUCUCGUUUUCUUUCAAUUAUAUGUUGUCUGUAAAGUUGAAACACCUAUGGAUGUGGAAUUCAUGUUGUCGGAUACUUUCGAGACUUUGAGACCGAGUGAAACGAGAUUGAAAACUUUUGCAGAUGCUGCAGCUGCUGUCGAUACCAUUCUGGCUGUACAAACCGAAGUAGACGAUUCCAUCUCCGAAGUAGAUUCCGAGAUCAUGCGUCCUCCAAUAGAAGAACCACCACUCACUUCUUCUCUUCCAACAGCUCGAUCCCAAAUCGAAAAGUUAGAAGAAGACGAUACAGUCGUACUUCUUCGUGAUCCUCAUCAAAAGGACGAAAUGGAUUUAGAACUUCAAGAAGAAUUCGAACGUGAAUUUUCGAAAAUGUUAGUAGAUCCUGGAAAUAGAAAUGGGGAAAGGAAAGCCCCUCCUUUGUUUGAUGCUGCCGUACCACAUAUCAGAAAAGGUGAACCGGGUUUGAUUGGACAGAUGGAUGAUUCUGUCUUGAUGGAGAAUGAAGGGACUAUACAAUUUACUUUUUUAGCAAAAAAAGGUGGUAGACAACAAAUGCGUCCUUUACAAGUCCCAACAGAUUCAAACAUUGCAAUCAACCUUCGUUCACAUCAAGAACGUUCAAAAGCAGAACAAGAACAUCUGAAAAGGUUGGUAUUACAAAAUGAACGUCGACAAGAAUUAUCAGAGAUCCAAUGUAAGUUCCGUCCCACUUUUGUCCAUGUUUCAUCUUUCUUCCCUUUUCCCCCUCGACUACACAAUCUGAUCUCUACCCCAUCUCCGUUCUUACUGCAUCAUUGA